UCACUGACUGUCUCAAAAACUAAACAAGAAUAAAAAACUCACAAUACAGAAUCGCACAGAAUCCGGACGGAGAGCGAAGAUUGGUGUUGGGCAUACGCGAUAUUCCGACCACGAGUACCUCGAUUCACAGUAAAAAGCAGGAGAUGUGAGCGAGGUUUAGCCAGCGCAGUAUGAAUUUGUCGGAACAAAACAAACUAAAGAGGAACCUUCUCGAUCAAGGGUUUUCUUAGUUACAAAGAUCUCUCUGGAUGCUGACGGUGAUCAUCUGGUUUUUUAUAUCAGGUUUUUAUUUCACAGAGAGGAUUCUGCAACUGAAAAGAUAAUACAGGGUUUAACCUUUUCAACUCUGUGAUUUUCCUAUUUGUCAGUUUCAUUUUAGCAUUCUCAUUGUCUUUAUAGUUUAGAAUUUUUCGGAUUUUUGAGAUUUUUUUUCAGUUUCAAAAGGAACCGUUACAAAAUCAGUCAAAACUUCAUUUCCGAAUCUUGAGGAAUAUUUUUUCGGUUUUUAUUUGAAAUUCAAAAUCACACAGUCUCUGUUCAUCAAUCAAAAGAACAGAAUUAUUGAAACCUCCAUUUUUUUCUUUUUCAGCGUUUUUGACGGUUCAAGAAUCAUUACUGUGUUUUUUCUGUCCGGUUCCUUCCUUUUAAUCUGAAAAAUGCAGCGUCCAAAUCCAGAUUUCUCAUUAAAAGAGACUGCACCACAUCUUGGUGGUGGAGGUCUAACCGGUGAUAAACUCACCAGUACUUAUGACUUAGUUGAACAAAUGCAGUAUUUGUAUGUUAGAGUUGUUAAAGCUAAGGAUUUACCAGGAAAGGAUGCUACUGGUUGUUGUGAUCCUUAUGUUGAAGUUAAACUUGGUAAUUAUAAGGGAAUGACUCGCCAUUUCGAAAAGAGGUCCAAUCCUGAAUGGAAUCAGGUUUUUGCUUUUUCGAAAGAACGGAUUCAAUCUUCUGUUAUUGAGGUUUUGGUGAAAGAUAAGGAUUUAGUAAAAGAUGAUAUUAUCGGAAGAGUUAUGUUUGAUCUCAAUGAUGUGCCAAAGAGGGUUCCACCUGAUAGUCCUUUGGCUCCGCAAUGGUAUAGACUUGAAGAUCGAAAGAGUGACAAGGUUAGAGGUGAACUCAUGUUGGCUGUUUGGAUGGGUACUCAAGCCGACGAAGCAUUCCCAGAAGCAUGGCAUUCAGAUGCAGCGACUGUUGGGGGCGAAGGCGUCACUAAUAUUCGGUCCAAGGUAUAUCUUUCUCCCAAGCUUUGGUAUCUUAGGGUUAACGUGAUUGAAGCUCAAGAUUUGCUAGUUACUGAUAAGACUAGAUUUCCAGAAGUUUAUGUGAAAGCAGUACUUGGAAAUCAGGCGUUGAGAACUAAAAUUUCUCAGAGUCGGAAUAUAAAUCCAAUGUGGAAUGAGGAUAUGAUGUUUGUAGCAGCUGAACCAUUUGAGGAACAUUUGGUUCUGAGUGUGGAAGACAGAGUGGCACCAAACAAGGAUGAGGUUUUGGGUAAGUGUGUGAUUCCUUUGCAGAAUGUGGCUAGGAGGUUGGAUCAUAAACCAGUGCUGACAAAGUGGUUUAAUCUUGAGAAACAUAUUCUUGUUGAUGGGGAGAAGAAGAAGGACAAUAAAUUUGCCAGUAGGCUUCAUUUGAGGAUCUGCUUAGAUGGUGGUUAUCAUGUUCUUGAUGAAUCAACUCACUACAGUAGUGAUCUUAGGCCCACAGCAAAACCUUUGUGGAAGCAGAGCAUUGGGGUACUUGAGUUGGGAAUCUUGACUGCAAAUGGAUUGUUGCCAAUGAAGACGAAAGAUGGGCGAGGGACAACAGAUGCUUACUGUGUUGCCAAGUAUGGGCAGAAGUGGAUUAGGACCAGAACAAUUAUAGAUUGCCCUACCCCAAAGUGGAAUGAGCAAUACACUUGGGAGGUUUUUGACCCAUGUACUGUGAUUACAAUUGGAGUGUUUGAUAACUGCCAUUUACAAGGAGGAGAUAAAUCUGUGGGUGCAAAAGAUUCAAGGAUUGGAAAAGUGCGUAUUCGACUUUCUACACUUGAAACUGACCGGGUCUACACUCACUCGUAUCCGCUUCUGGUUUUACAACCUUCUGGACUCAAGAAGAUGGGUGAAAUUCAACUGGCUGUACGGUUCACAUGCUCCUCUUUGCUUAAUAUGAUGCAUAUUUACUCGCAGCCACUCUUACCAAAAAUGCAUUAUCUUCAUCCAUUAUCGGUUACUCAGCUCGAGAACUUGAGGCACCAGGCAUGUCAAAUCGUCUCUAUAAGACUUAGUCGUGCUGAGCCUCCAUUGAGGAAGGAGGUUGUUGAGUAUAUGUUGGAUGUGGAUUCACAUAUGUGGAGUAUGAGAAGGAGCAGAGCUAAUUUCUUCAGAAUUAUGGGAGUGUUAAGCAGCCUAGUGGCAGUGGUAAAAUGGUUUAGUCAGAUAUGCAAUUGGAAGAACCCUCUGACGACAGUUCUGAUUCACAUCCUGUUUAUAAUACUUGUCCUUUAUCCUGAGUUAAUCCUCCCGACAAUCUUUCUCUACCUUUUCUUGAUUGGUGUUUGGUACUUCCGGUGGAGACCUAGGAAUCCCCCUCACAUGGAUACGCGGCUUUCACAUGCAGAGAAUGUACACCCUGAUGAACUGGAUGAGGAGUUCGACACAUUUCCUACUUCUCGGCCUUCUGACAUGGUGAGGAUGAGAUACGACCGUUUAAGAAGUGUUGCUGGGAGAAUACAAACAGUUGUGGGUGACUUGGCAACUCAAGGGGAGAGAUUCCAGUCUCUACUUAGCUGGAGGGACCCUAGGGCUUCGACUUUGUUCAUCACUUUCUGUUUGAUUGCAGCCAUUGUGCUUUAUGUUACUCCAUUUCGCGUAGUGGCUCUUCUUACAGGUUUUUAUGUAUUAAGGCAUCCUCGAUUCCGCCACAAGCUUCCUUCAGCGCCGCUCAACUUCUUCCGCAGACUGCCUGCGAGAACAGAUAGCAUGAUAUGAACAGCGUUACAAAUACCCCUUGUGAUGGGUGAGUCUUCUUUUGCCUCCGACCCUCAGAAUAGAUGGUUAAAUUCUAAAGCAUCAAUAUAUGAAGCAUGGUUUAUUCACUAUGGUGUGUAAUUUUUCUUCCCCUAAACUCUGCAGUAACUAUCAUAAAUCUGCAUUUUGUUUAUUUUAUUUCUUAGGGCUACCGUGUGUCCUGUGAAGUCAUCUUCCUGUUAUUAGUCAAUAUAUGUGUAUUUUUAUCUCUGGUUGAGUAAUGUGCUCCUCUAACUUUACCAUGCUAGUACAUUACAUUUAAGUUUC